ACCAAUGGAUUAAACAACAUUCUGAAAAGCUACAUGAGUACUUUUUAUCUUCUUGGCAUCCUGGAUGACCUUAAUCAAAUAUUCCUUAUGGUUGUCCAACACAGAUACAGUCAUUCACAUUGGGUGCGUUCCUACACCAUUUUUAACAUUGGUUUAUAAACACAUUUUUGAUGAAAUGUUUUAUUCAGCUCAGAUUUUAAGACACUGUAUUAAGUUUAAGAAAAAAAGGUCUUGACGUUUGCUCUAGUCUGUUCUGUUCUCAAUGUUUUUGAAUGCUUCAAUGCGAAGCCCCUGGGACUUUUACUUUGCACUGUACUGCAUACUGGAUAAUAUUAUCUGAUAUGGGAACAGAUUGUAUCUGGAUGUGCCCGGUUCAGGACAUAGGGGCAAAAUCCCUCCUGGCACAACUUGUUGGGGACGUGGCCAGUUGACUGGAGGCUAAAAAUCCAUUCUAAUUCAGCCAAAUAUUUUUCCAGGCUUGUGAGCAGAGAGGCAUUAAAAGCAUUCACACCCCGGCAUUUGAGACUGUACAAUAAAUCGUUUUUGUUUCAUUGAGCCAAAAGGGAAGAGGGCAACAAAAACAUUUGACCUCAUAACCAAAGAAGGAUCAAUGGGUGGCUGGGUUGGUAGCUGACACAAGGGUUAUGGUUGAGCCAUAAAUACAGGGGCACCAGCAGAACCGCAGCAGAUCCACUGUGAACUUCAACUGCUACAUUUUGAUACAAUGGAUGUUACUAUCCAGCAUCCCUGGUACCGUCGGCCCUGGCUCCCCGGCUUUUACCCUUAUAGAAUGUUUGACCUAUUUUUUGGAGAGCACCUACACGACAGUGAUCCUCUAGCACCCUUGUACUCCAUGUUUAACUCUGGUCCUUUUUUCUGGCGUUUUCCAAGUUUUGGGGACAGUGGGAUGUCAGAGGUGAGAAUGGAUAGAGAUCGCUUUGUAAUCAACCUGGACAUGAAGCAUUUCUCUCCAGAGGAGAUGACAGUGAAGGUUAAUGUUGACUGUAUUGAGAUUCGUGGGAAACAUGAUGAGCAUCAGGAUGAGCAUGUAUACGUGACACGGGAGUUUUACAAGAAGUAUAAGAUCCCUGCAGAUAUAGAUCAGGGGACCUUCACCUCCUCUCUGUCCUCUGAUGGCGUUCUGACCGUCUGUGCUCGUCGACACCAGCUGGAUAUCCCUGAGCGCAACAUUCCCAUCAGUUGUGGAGAGAAGCCACAAGUUUAAAAGUAAACCUCUGCCUCUUAUCUCCAAACAACACCUGGCAACUUCCUCACCACUGAAAAAAUCUUCCAAUAUAACGGGCAUAAAAUGAUAUGGUUUAUUGUAACACAGAUAAACAUGACUGUCCAUGUUAAAGUGAACAAUACAAUAUCAAGCAAAAACAGUGCUUUAGGUCUCUAAAUGAGCUUGGUUUGGUUUGUUAUAUUUAUAACCUACAGUGCACAGUUAUAUGUAAUUAUGUGGUUUGACUUGCAUGACUAGAUGGCUGUCAUCUUGGCUUAAGGAGGAAUCUUUUGUUUACAUUUAGAAGUUAAAAUGGG